CGUUUUUCUUUUUUUCAACUUUUUAAAUUAUUAAUUUGUUAACCAUGCCCGCUGAUUUACCUGCAAACGUUACUCCUGCUCACAAGGUUGGUGGUAUGAGAGUGAAGCAACCCGAACAUCAUGUUCCCUUAAAGGAUACCCAUAAGGAAGAUGAGCACGAUGAAGAGCAAACAAGUGAAGAUAAGAAAGAAGAAGAGCGUCUUCGUGUCCGUGAACUUCAGGAAAGACAAGCCCAAGAUAUGUAUGCUCAUACUGCUGCUCGUCAAGCGAGUGCUCCCAAGAGCUCUGCUGACAAUUUGAGAAAACAACAAGUCUGUAACCCGGCCACUCAACCUAGAGCUAUGAACCAUUAAACUAUUUGGGUGUAUAUUUUGUUGUGCUUUAUAUAUAACCGCGCUUAACCUGUACUUUUAAUCUUCACCUUUGGUUUUUUCCAUACGAUAUGCCUCGAAAAUGUAAAUAAACGUAAAUAAACUGUAACUAACUGUUCAUCUUUGCCCAAGUAAUAAAAAUGCGCUGUUUGUCAUUUUGCCCGGCCCACAAUCAAGCACUACUCUAUUUCUGCUGUUAAGCAGUCAAUAAGCAAAUGCUGUGCUAGAAACGCAUACACUCAUGUUUAUACCAUGUGCAUUGCUUUUUUUUUUUUUU